UUGAAAGGCAUCUCGAUCCUCCAAACAUGGGUCUCCUCCACCUUCUCCUCCCUCUCCUCCUCUCUCCUCCAAGUAGUGCUGCCAACCUUGCCUACUACUUCUGUGAAAACACUAAUUACACUGAGAACAGCAACUUCCAAACCAACCUUAACCAACUUCUUUCUCACCUCUACAACACCUCCAUCUACUUCACCUUUGCAAAUCUCACAGAAGGAUUCAUUCCGGGCCGUGCCUAUGGCCUCUUCCUCUGCCGAGGUGACAUCAGCCCCUCUGACUGUGCGAAUUGCAUCGGAGCCUCCACUGACAAGGUACUACAGAUAUGCCCUGCCGCCAACCAAGCCACCCUCUGGUACGACGUCUGCCAGCUCCGCUACUCCGACGAGCCUUUCUUUUCCUCGUUUGACAACAACAUAGCUACUUCCUACCCUGAAGGCCCGAAGGAAAAUGACACAGCUGACGUGCUUCGCAACGAUGUGAGGGAGCUGAUGAGCAGUCUGUUCUAUCAGGCUGCAAACAAUUCUCCGAUCCUAUUUGCUACGGGUGAGAUAUUGUACGAAGGUGAUGGAAAGAAGAGGAUGUAUGGGUUGGUACAGUGCACAAGGGAUCUCUCCAGGGAUAUGUGCAGUCAGUGCCUGCAGCAGAUCCUCCCUCGGUGUUGCGACUCAGACAUUGCCGGUGGAAUUCUAGCAAGGAGCUGCAGUUUUAGGUAUGGUGUGGACAAAUUCUUUGGAGGGACGCCAAAUAUCUCCAUAACUAUGCCAUCCCCAUCUCCAUCUCUCUCUUUUUCUCCGCCAGUGCCUCCUUCCUCUGCGCUGAACGGAAAAUAUCAUAAAAGAAGGAAGAGGAACAUCAUUAUUAUCAGCAUGGUUAUCUUUGUAGUAAUCACAUUCAUGCUUAUCCUUGCUGUCAGUAUUUUCCUUAAGAGGAGGUCAGCGAAAAAUAGCAGUGGUAUGGCUACUGUGGAAGAGGAAUCAAGAAUGGAAUCACUAUACUUCGAUUUAUCCAUCAUUAAAAUUGCUACAGCAAAUUUCUCUGACAUCAAUAAGCUUGGACAAGGUGGCUUUGGCGCAGUUUAUAAGGGGAUGCUGCCUAAUGGAGAAGAUAUAGCAGUGAAGAGGCUUUCAACAACCUCGAGACAAGGAAUACAAGAACUGAAAAAUGAACUUCUGUUGGUUGCCAAACUUCAGCACCGGAAUCUUGUUAGGCUUCGGGGGAUUUGCUUGGAAGGAGGAGAAAAGUUGGUUAUCUACGACUACAUGCCUAACGGAAGCUUGGACAAGUUCUUGUUUGAUCCCAGCAAAUGUAAAGAAUUAAAUUGGGAAAGAAGAUUCAAGAUUAUUGGAGGGAUUGCGCGAGGUCUACUCUACUUACACGAAGAAUCUCGCCUGCAAGUCAUACAUCGAGACCUAAAAGCCAGCAAUAUAUUGUUAGAUACAAACAUGAAGCCAAAAAUUUCAGACUUUGGUUUGGCUAGGCUAUUUGGAGCAGCAGAAACACAUGCCGUCACAAAAAGAGUGGUCGGAACUUUUGGUUACAUGGCACCUGAAUAUGCAAGGCGUGGGAGAUUUUCAACCAAGAUGGACGUAUAUAGCUACGGGAUUCUAGUUUUGGAGAUUGUGACUGGGAGCAGGAAUAUUAUCUUCAAACAUGAUUCUAAACAUGGCCAAGAUCUUCUAAGCUAUGCAUGGAAGCAUUGGAGAAAGGGAAAAUCAUUAGAGAUCGUUGACCCAUCACUGGGUGAAGAUUACUCGAGAAAUGAGGUGUCUAGAUGCAUUCAAAUUGGACUGUUAUGUGCUCAAGAAGCUCCAGCUGAUAGACCUUCCAUGUCUUCGGUAUUUCUCAUGCUAAAUAGUUCCUCAAUGCCUCUCCAGGAUCCUUUGCCGCCUGCUUUGUUGAGUACAAUAGAAUCAGAUUUAUCAAUGAAACUGUCAUCAAAACAAGCAUAUCUUAGUUCUACUGAUGAAUCUUCUGCAAAUGUAGACAGUGUUGGCAGUUCCCAACAGAGUGGACCUAGCGUCACGCUGAAUCCACCGGAAGCGAACCAAAAAGGGAAGGAAAGGGUGCAAAACCACCUCAUAAGGAACCAAGCACUUAACAACCACAGGAAGCAGGCACAGGCAUUUGGACUUAUCUCACACAGCGCCUGAUGGUCGUCCUAAUAGAAAUUGACCUGUACAGCAACCGGGUGAUUUAUAAAAGUUGCGAGAUUGAUUAAUCCCUAUAAUUAUACCAAUCAUCUGAUACUGCGAGGUCCUAAAAGAGAGAUCAAGAUAACAAAGGAGAGAGCAAGUAUCAACAAAGCAAUAUGGAUGUCUCAACAAUAUAGAUGCCUGAACGAGGAAAAGGAGGAAGAUCAUUUUCUUUGAAUCUUCGAUACAUCAAUGCAAAACAUCAUACACAGCUUGUCUCCCAUUAUCUAUCAUUUGUUGAAUAUGCCUAAAUCUAUCAGACUGUUUACUCAUAUGGUCAUUUUUAUCUAUAUAUGCCUAAAUCUAUCAUUAUCUAUCAUUGUCUAUCA